AUGGGCAAGCAAGGACUGCGUACCGCCGUCAAGGUGGAUACCACGAAAGAUGCUGGGACCUUGCCUUAUCUACACAACAGAUGGCAUCCAGACAUCCCAUCUUGCGAGACGAUCAAGAACGGCGAGACGGUGAAGAUUCAAUGCAUCGAUUGGACUGGAGGGCAGAUCAAGAACGAUGACUCUGCCAACGAUGUCAGGGACGUUGAUCUCACACGCGUCCACUACUUGAGCGGCCCUUUCGAGAUCGAAACGGCCGAACCCGGAGAUAUCCUGUUGGUAGACAUUCAAGACGUUCAACCCCUGCCAGACCAGCCAUGGGGCUUCACAGGCAUCUUCGGCAAAGACAACGGCGGUGGCUUCCUCGACGAGCACUACCCAGAGCCAGCCAAGGCGAUCUGGGAUUUCGAAGGCAUCUAUUGCUCCUCCAGACACAUUCCUGGAGUCAAGUUCGCUGGCUUGAUCCAUCCGGGUAUUCUGGGCUGCGCUCCCUCUCAAGAGAUUCUGGAGACAUGGAACAAGCGGGAGGCGCAGCUAAUCAGCGAGUGCAGUCAUAUGACUCGCGAAGUCGCGAAGCCACCGGAGCCGAAGUCUGUUCACGUCGGUACCGGUGAUGAUAAGAUCAAGGAGAAGGUUGGCAAGGAGGGCGCAAGAACUAUUCCAGGCCGACCAGAACACGGCGGCAACUGCGACAUCAAGAACCUCUCUCGCGGCAGCAAGGUAUACCUGCCUGUCCAUGUCAAAGGCGCCAAAUUCAGCGUCGGAGACCUCCACUUCUCCCAAGGCGAUGGCGAGAUCUCAUUCUGCGGCGCCAUUGAGAUGGCCGGCGAGAUCACCAUCAACUUCUCCGUCAUCAAGAACGGCAUAGCCGAUAUGGGUUUGAAGAGCCCAAUCUACAUUCCUGGACCUGUUGAGCCGCAGUUCGGUCCUGGACGCUACAUCUACUUUGAGGGUUUCAGUGUUGACGAGCAGGGCAAGCAGCAUUAUCUGGAUGCUACGGUUGCGUAUAGGCAGACGUGCCUUCGAAUCUUCGAGGUACUUAACUUCAGGUGGAACAUGUCACUGCUAUGUCUUAGACUUGAAGGGGCUUGA